UCUUCUUUUUUGGGUAGAUUAUUUUGGGUUCGCUCUUGAUAUUUUUUGCUUGCUCUGCUCCUUGAGUUCUCGAUUUGGGACUUGGAAAUGAUGUUUUGAUCUUCGAGUAUUGCCAUUACUAUCUCGUAUCAUUACUGAUUCGUCGCGGGACUGUUUAAAAUUCACGCUUGACUCAUAUCCCCGACUUGACGUCAGAUUUAGAUUUGAGAUUGUAAAGCUUGUCCGUUACUAGAGUCUGUUAUGGUUUAAGUAUAACUAUAACCUGACGAUUUGAGUUUUAUUUUUACCUUUUUGCCAUUAUGUUUCGCUGUCUACUUGUGUUCCCAUUUUGAAUCUCUUUUGAAGGUGAAGUUUUGAUUUUGGUUUUGGAAGUCACGCUGCUAUAUGACAGUUCUCUCGCAGAUAGAAAUGAGCUGCUUUGGCUGUUGCGAGGAGGAUGAUAUGCAUAAAGCUGCUGAUUAUGGAGGAGGCCAGAACACAGCCAAACACUUUGGAGGCACUGAUGGGAGGCACCAGGGCUCUGAAACCGCGCAAAAGGGCGCUCAAAUUGUGAAGGUGCAGCCAAUCGAAGUACCAAUCAUCCUUGUUAGUGAACUCAAGGAAGCAACGGAUGAUUUUGGAUCAAAUUCUCUCAUCGGUGAAGGCUCCUAUGGAAGAGUUUAUUACGGGGUGCUGAAUAAUAACCUCCCUGCAGCCAUUAAAAAGUUGGAUUCUAACAAACAGCCUGACAAUGAAUUCCUUGCCCAGGUUUCCAUGGUGUCGAGGCUGAAGCAUGAUAACUUUGUUCAACUUCUUGGUUACUGUGUUGACGGGAAUUCGCGGAUACUUGCGUAUGAGUUUGCCAAGAACGGAUCCCUUCAUGAUAUUCUUCAUGGGAGAAAAGGUGUCAAGGGAGCACAGCCAGGCCCUGUAUUGUCUUGGUAUCAACGAGUCAAAAUUGCAGUUGGAGCUGCAAGAGGCCUUGAGUACUUGCAUGAAAAAGCAAACCCUCACAUCAUUCACCGUGAUAUUAAAUCCAGCAAUGUCCUACUCUUUGAUGAUGAUGUUGCUAAAAUUGCUGACUUUGAUCUCUCUAAUCAAGCUCCUGAUAUGGCUGCUCGCCUUCAUUCAACCCGUGUUCUUGGAACUUUCGGUUACCAUGCCCCUGAAUACGCAAUGACCGGGCAACUAAAUGCCAAGAGUGAUGUGUACAGCUUCGGGGUUGUCUUACUCGAACUUCUUACAGGUCGAAAACCUGUGGAUCAUAGAUUACCCAGAGGCCAGCAAAGUUUAGUCACUUGGGCUACACCUAAGCUGAGCGAAGACAAGGUUAAACAAUGCAUUGAUGCAAGACUUGGUGGAGAUUACCCUCCAAAAGCUGUUGCUAAGUUAGCGGCGGUUGCAGCAUUGUGUGUGCAAUAUGAAGCAGAUUUUAGGCCGAAUAUGAGUAUUGUUGUCAAAGCUCUUCAACCUUUGUUGAACGCUCGAGCCGCAGCUCCAGGCGAAGGUUUACAUUAGCCACCCACACCACUUUCUCCUCCGCGGAUAUUUUUAUUCCCAUAUACACUAAUCAAACUUAAUGUGCAUAAAUCUCCGUUAUGUGUUAUUUAUUAUUAAUUUUUAUUUUUUACAAAAAAAAAAAAGAAAAUCCCUGGAUUCUUGUUUUACCGCCCCACAAAAUUGCUGACUCUGCCUAAAUUGCCAAUAUUAUUGUUGGAUUUCAUUGAUGUUGUGGUAAAAGCGUACGCUGAUCAUACACUAUUAAAUUCUUUCAACUAAUUUUUAUG